UCAAUGUCUUAGCCUACCUCCCAACACAAAUGUAUCUGUUCUUUUUGCUGGUUGUAUUGUUUGUUGUACGUCGUGGAGGUUGCAGAUUUUCGACAGCGUUCAGCCACGCCGCAAUCGAUGCCUAACAGGUUAUCUCUCCGUUUUCUUCCAGGUCGCCUUUCUUUACAUUACUUGGGCUUUUAAUAGUUUGUUAGUAUCAUCCGAAUGUGCAUACAUCAGUAUCACGUUUUGGUAGUUUCACUAUCUAGGAUUAUCCAACAUGGAAUUUACAAUGUCGGGAAAGGAGUUCACGUAUGGCCGGAUCGACUUGGACCGCCUCUCUUUUCGGCUGAUCCGACUCCUGGGCGGAGGCAAAAAGAUAUUCGUUGCGAGCUUUUCGACGCCUACCUCGACGAAGCCAAAGAUGGCGACAUCCCUUACGAGGCCUUAUUGUAUACAUGGUGUGGCAUUGACAAGAUAGCCAUGAUUCGGAUUAACGGCAUGAAAGCAAGGGUCACCGAAAAUCUGUUCAUGGCGCUGCAUUAUCUUCGCCCAGCAGAUAGUUAUAGAAUACUCUAGAUUGAUGCUGUAUGUAUCGAUCCAGGCCAUGACAAAGAACGAGAACAUCAGGUUCGACAGAUGGGAGACAUUUAUCAAAAAGCAGAAAGAGUCCUCGUCUGGCUUGAUGCUGGUGUGGGUGAUGAGAUUCUGGGUGGACUGAAGCCAGCUGAGCACACCGUGAUGGAGCAGAGCGCGGUCAUGAUAUUGAAAUUCGAGAGAGUGUGAGGAUAUGAAGAUCGCAAGACCUCCGGUAUGGUGGAUGAUGUUGGGGAAAGAGCGGCUCGAAUUCUCAGAAGUCUUAAUACUGCCUCCAUCUUCUACAUUUCAAAGCGAACAUUAGCACCUUGAAGAAAUUCUCACCACCGCCACGACGCGUAUACAUAUUCAAGUAUGAGUCCAACAGAUGAAAAGAUAUGAUACGAGUACUCAAC